UCUUUUAAUCUAUUUAUUUUUCUCUCAUCCAACUCCAUAAUUCUAGGAUAAAAGCAGCUGUUUUUACUAAAAACCCAGAGCACACAAUACAUUCUGUUGCCCUCUCCUAUUACUUCUCAAUUCUCUUAGGUAGUUGUCUUCUUCUCAAACAAAAGAAAAACCCUUUUGUUUUUUCCAAAAACCAAAUACCAAAAAAAAACGCAAUAAUCUUUAUAGUUUUCUACCACUCUUCUAUGAAUUCUUGUAAAAACCCAUUUUCGUAGGAUCCUUCAUCAUCACGUUACACUUUUAUAAACUUCUUUUUUUUUCUUGUAUAUGUAACAAAAAUCGCGCCUUUUGUUUCUUGUUCAAGAAACAGAGGAAAAGAAAGAGAAAAAAAAAUACAAAAAUGGAAGAUGAAAAUUUACAAAAUAGUAGUAAUGAUAAUAACAGAGAAGUGGAGCAAAAAGUUGCAAUCUAUAAACUUUUUAAUUUCGCAGAUUCAGUUGAUAUAAUAUUGAUGAUUGUUGGGAGUAUUGCCGCCAUUGCUAAUGGAAUUGCGCAGCCAUUGAUGACUCUUAUUUUGGGUCAGAUUAUUAACUCUUUUGGUAGUGCUGAUCCUCAACAUGUUGUUCAUGAUGUUUCUAAGGUAUCCUUGAGUUUUUUAUACCUGGCUAUAUAUACUGGCAUAGCUUGCUUCCUACAGGUAACAUGCUGGAUUGUAACUGGAGAAAGACAAGCAGCAAAAAUUCGAGGUCUCUAUUUGAAGACGAUUCUAAGACAAGAUAUCGCCUUCUUUGACACGGAAACAACUACGGGAGAAGUUAUCAGUAGAAUGUCUGGGGACACGGUUCUCAUUCAGGAUGCCAUGGGUGAGAAAGUUGGUAAGUUUAUACAGUUAAUGGCAACAUUCGUUGGAGGCUUUGCCAUUGCUUUCAUUAAAGGAUGGCUUUUAGCCUUGGUUUUGCUGGCAUGCAUUCCUGCCCUUGUUAUAUCUGGUGCUACCAUGGCAAUGUUGAUGAUGAAGAUGUCAAGUCGCGCUCAACUGGCCUAUGCUGAGGCUGGAAUUGUUGUGGAGCAAACUGUUGGCGCCAUCAGAACAGUUGCAUCAUUUACAGGUGAAAAAGAUGCAAUUAAAAAGUAUGAUAACAAGAUUUUAAUUGCAUAUAAAGCUGCUGUCAAGCAAGGGCUAGCCUCAGGAUUAGGGCUUGGAUCAUUGAUCUUCAUAAUAUUAUCCACUUAUGCUCUUGCCGUAUGGUAUGGAGGCAGACUUAUCAUAGAAAAGAAUUACAACGGUGGACAAGUCCUGAAUGUUAUUAUGGCCAUGAUGACUGGUGGAAUGUCACUGGGACAGACAUCUCCAUGUCUAAAUGCAUUUGCAGCAGGGCAAGCAGCAGCAUACAAGAUGUUUGAAGCAAUACAUAGGAAACCAAAAAUAGAUGCCUCCAGCACUGAAGGGAUGGUUUUGGAAGACAUUAGGGGGGAUAUUGAGCUAAAAGAUGUAUAUUUUAGGUACCCAGCGAGGCCUGAUGUGCAGAUAUUUGCAGGAUUUUGUUUGCAUAUAACUAGUGGAACAACUGUUGCUCUAGUUGGACAAAGUGGGAGCGGAAAAUCUACAGUUGUAAGCCUCAUAGAGAGAUUUUAUGAUCCUGAUUCAGGUGAAAUUCUCAUUGACGGAGUUAACUUAAAGCAGCUUCAGUUAGCUUGGAUUAGACAGAAGAUUGGUUUAGUGAGUCAGGAACCUGUGCUCUUUACUACUACAUUAAAAGAAAACAUAGCAUAUGGAAAGGAAGAUGCCACUGACAAUGAAAUUCGGACUGCUAUUGAGCUUGCUAAUGCUGCAAAAUUUAUUGAUAAGCUUCCAAAGGGUUUAAACACAAUGGUAGGGGAGAGAGGAACUCAACUUUCUGGUGGUCAAAAGCAAAGAAUAGCCAUUGCUCGAGCUAUUCUUAAAAAUCCAAAAAUCCUCCUCCUUGAUGAGGCUACUAGUGCCCUUGAUGCUGAAUCUGAACGCAUUGUGCAAGAUGCACUUGACAGAAUUAUGACAAAUAGGACCACUGUUAUAGUUGCACAUAGAUUGACUACCAUCAAGAAUGCUGAUAUGAUCGCAGUUGUUCAUCAAGGAAAAAUCAUCGAAAAAGGUUCUCAUGAAGAGUUGAUUAAAGACCCGGAGGGGGGUUAUUCGCAACUGGUGAGACUUCAAGAAGGAGCCAGAGAACAAGAAGCUUCUCUUAUGGAUCCUAUUAGUCUUGAUAUGAGUCCACACCUCGAAAGGGCGAUGAGCAGAUCAGCAAGUCAAAGAUUUUCAAUGAGGAGAUCAAGAAGUAGGGGUUCCUCUAGCGGCAGACACUCCAUUUCCAUUAGCUUUAAUGUCCCUGGUCCUGUCAAUAUUCAGGAGACUAAUGAAGGGGACUUUUAUGAUGAUAUUGAUCAUGAUUGUGAGAGAACAAAUAAACCUGAAGAAGAGAAAAAAAGAGAGAAAAGUAGAAGUGUAUCAAUGAGACGUUUGGCUUACUUAAAUAAGCCAGAAGUUCCAAUCCUGCUGCUCGGAAGCCUUGCUGCUUCAAUACACGGGGUUAUCUUUCCUUUGUUUGGGUACCUUAUCUCGUCUGCCAUCAAAAUAUUCUAUGAACCAGCGCAUUUGCUUCGCCAUGAUUCAACAAAAUGGGCACUUGUUUAUGUGUCUUUAGGUGUUGCUAGUUUGAUAGCAAUACCUUUCCAGAAUUUUCUUUUCGCAAUUGCAGGAGGAAAACUUAUUCGAAGAAUUCGUCUAAUGACCUUUGAGAAGGUUGUUCACCAAGAAGUUAAAUGGUUUGAUGAUCCCGCCAAUUCAAGUGGAGCAAUUGGUGCGAGAUUAUCAACAGAUGCUGCAAACGUUAGGAGCCUCGUAGGGGAUCAGUUAGCCUUAAUCAUGCAGAAUAUAGCAACAGUAAUCGCUGGUCUUGUAAUAGCUUUCACUGCUAAUUGGAUUCUAGCACUCAUUAUUCUAGCCGUGGCACCCCUUAUGUUUGCUCAGGGGUAUCUUCAAGGCAAAUUCAUGAAGGGAUUCAGCGCUGAUGCUAAAAUCAUGUAUGAAGAAGCAAGCCAAGUUGCAAAUGAUGCAGUUGGGAGUAUCAGAACUGUAGCAUCUUUUUGUGCAGAGAAUAAGGUGAUGGAUUUGUACAAGAAGAAAUGUGAGGCUCCAGUAAAAAGUGGGGUUCGUUUAGGACUCAUUAGUGGUUUAGGCUUUGGUUUCUCUUUCCUCGCCCUAUACUGCACAAACGCCUUCUGCUUCUACAUCGGGGCUAUCCUAAUUCACCAUGGUAAAGCUACAUUUGCACAAGUUUUUCAGGUUUUCUUUGCAUUAACAAUCUCAGCAGUAGGAUUGUCCCAAAGCAGCAGCAUGGCUAUGGACAGGAACAAAGCCAAGGAUUCGGCUGUCUCGAUCUUCAAGAUUGUUGAUAGCAAACCUAGCAUUGAUUCAAGCAGCAAUGAAGGGAUAACACAGGAAGAUGUGAAGGGUGAUAUCGAGUUCAGUCAUGUUAGCUUCAGAUAUCCCACUCGGCCAGAUAUCCAAAUCUUUAGUGACUUGUGCUUGUUCAUUCCAUCUACCAAGACCGUUGCACUUGUGGGAGAAAGCGGAAGUGGAAAAUCGACAGUGAUCAGCAUGAUCGAGAGAUUCUACGAACCAGACAAAGGUCGUGUUUUCCUAGAUGGGGUAGAGCUACAAAAGUUGAAGCUAAGUUGGCUUAGACAACAAAUGGGGCUAGUAAGCCAAGAGCCAAUUCUGUUCAACGAGAGCAUACGUGCUAACAUAGCCUAUGGAAAGCAAGGAGAAGCAAUCGAGAAUGAAAUCAUCGAGGCUGCAAAAUCUGCCAAUGCACACAACUUCAUCUCAGGACUCCCACAAGGCUAUGACACCUCAGUAGGAGAGCGAGGGGUACAGUUGUCAGGUGGGCAGAAGCAAAGGAUAGCCAUCGCCAGAGCAAUUUUAAAGAAUCCUAAGAUUCUUUUGCUCGAUGAAGCUACUAGUGCACUUGAUGCAGAGUCUGAACGUAUCGUGCAAGAUGCUUUGGAUAGUGUAAUGUUGCAUAGGACUACUGUGGUUGUUGCUCAUCGGUUAGUCACUAUUAAGAAUGCCGAUAUUAUUGCUGUUGUCAAGAAUGGUGUGAUUGCUGAAAAGGGUAAACAUGAUGAGCUUAUGAGAAUACCUGAAGGAGCUUAUGCUUCAUUAGUUUCUCUUCAUGCAACUGCUGCUUCCAGCUCAUAAUAGAGUUCACUUUUGAUGUAAUUCUGACAAGUUUUUGUAAACACUAGAAGUUAUGUAAAAUUUACUUGAAAGUCUCAUAUAUUGUCUUUGGCUCUUUGCUCUUCUUAA